AUGCAACCCACGUCUACUGCCACCGCGCGCCUCCAAGGGCUGGCUCCGUCCACAGCGGCAGCUGCGGCACUGGCGGCCAGUCGCGAGGCCCGAGCAGCGGAGCGUCGGGCUGCCCGGGGAAAGGAAGACGCCUUUACUGCUCUGAGCAAGAACGCAGAAAGGUUCUCUGGGACAUUGCUCAAGGCAGCUGUGAUGCUCAUCACCAUUCCGCUUGGAGUUCACAUGUUGAGCCACAGCCUGAUGAUGUCUUUAUGCAUUCGAGGGCUCGAGUACUGCGUAGGCCGGUGGCCAAAGCAGCGUCUGCCUAGUGCCUACCCGUGGCGGAUAGGGCUACUCGGUCGACCACGUUCCAGAGGGCCCUAUCAUCAGCCCGGGGGCCCCCUGCACCAGCCAGAACUGCUUGCGGGUAACCUGCCUGAGAGGGUUGCAGUGGUGCUCAAGGAGUUCCUGUCUACCGCACAUCACUUGAUGGGGUUUCGGAGCACUCGCGAGGCCCUUCUCAUGUCUUCGUUGGUAGAGCGGUUGGAGCGCGCCCUGGCGGCCGGCUGGUUGCCAGGGAACCUGAGGGAUGCAGCCAGACAGCUGUAUUUGGACGCGCAUGCCACUGUGCGCAUGGAAAUGGAGGCAGUGGUGCCGGGGGCAGCAGCAGCUAGCAGCGGCGGUCCAGGGCCAUCGUCGUCAUCAUAA